AAAUAAAAUAAAAAUCCACACCGUCCACGCAACUCCGUCACAAGAAAGCCAUUCUCUCUCUUCCCUUCUCAUGCACUUCCUUCAAGGAAACCCUGCAACUGUCAAUUACAUAUCUAUUUUUAUUUAAUCGUACUACUCUUAUUAUAUUGAAUUUGCCACCCAAUUUUAGACUUCUUAAUUGGAUAAACUUUAUUUUAUUUCCUUAUUGAUUUGGAAAACCAAUUUAGUCAACUCAAAUAAUCACUUUUACUUGUCCCCUAAUAUCUUCAGCUAUAUCCAUUCCCAAUAUUAUUUUUCUCUAUUCUAAAAUAUACUUUUAUUUAUUUAUAUUUUUCUAAGUUUACUCUUUUCCUUUUAUUUAUAGUACAUGUGAUUUGGUCUGUUUCUGUUUUUUUUUUUGUUUGUUUUCCAUUUUCACUUAUCUUUUACUCAGCUUCACGGGUAAGCAAGGUGCUUUUUUUUUUUUUCAAUAUGAGAUGGCUAUUUUCCAAUCGUACCAACUCGCAAUUUGUGGUUCCCCGAUUUUCUCUUUCCGCCUCUCUGCAAUUCCUCAUCCUCUCUCUUCGAUUCCAGCGUUUUCUAUAAAAGCUCUCUCUCCUUUGUUUCUCUCUCAUCAACCGAGCUCUUUUUUUCUCUCUCCUCAUUGUUUUCCUUGUUCUUCUUUUGGUGCGGUCCAUGAUUCUCUCUCUCAUCAAUCGAGCUCUUCGGUUCUCUUUCCUCAUUCCAGCUCUUUGUGUCUAUCUCCUGAUUUAAACUCUUCGUUUGUCUCUCCUCGAUCGAGUCCUUUGUCUUCGUGUUGUUCUUCUUCUGGUGCGGUUGACUUUCUCUCUCAUCAACCUAGCUCUUUGUUUCUCUCUCCUCAAUCGGGCUCUUCUUCUUCUGGUGCGGGUCGCUUUCUCUGUCUAGGUGGAAGGCGCUCUUCUGGUUCAAUGGCGUCGCCUUUGGGUUCUAGGAAUGCAAAAGGCGUUGUGACGUCUGGUCAUCUUAGGCAUGUGGAAUCAAUGGCGACCCUGCCUUCUGGCGCUGGAAAGAUAUCUCACUUGAACGCUGUUAUUCUUGGUGAAUCUCUUGCUUCUGAGGAGGAUGAUCUGGUUUUUCCAAGUCAGGAGUUUACUAGUCAAGCGCUGGUUUCAUCGCCGGAGCAGUAUAUGUCCAUGUACAAGCGAUCCAUUGAAGAUCCGGCCGGUUUCUGGUCUGAUAUAGCUUCAAAGUUUUAUUGGGAAGUUAAAUGGGGGGAGAAAGUCUUCUCAGAGAAUAUGGACAUUCGUAAAGGGACUGUGAAUAUUGAGUGGUUCAAAGGUGGCAGAACAAACAUAUGCUAUAACGCACUGGAUAGACACAUCCAAGCUGGAAAUGGUGGACAGAUUGCUAUAUAUUGGGAAGGCAAUGAGCCUGGUCAAGAUGGGAAUUUGACAUACAGCCAACUGUUGGAGAAAGUUUGCCAGUUAGCCAAUUACUUGAGAGACAUUGGAGUAAGAAAGGGAGAUGCGGUUGCUAUCUAUUUACCCAUGCUUGCAGAGUUACCCAUUGCAAUGCUGGCAUGUGCGCGCAUUGGAGCUGUUCAUUCAGUGGUAUUUGCUGGAUUUUCUGCAGAAUCUCUUGCGCAAAGAAUUAUAGACUGCAAACCAAAAGUCAUCAUAACGUGCAACGCAGUUCGUAGGGGUUCAAAAAUCAUCUAUCUCAAAGACAUUGUUGAUUCCGCUCUGGUCGAAUCAUCGAAGAAUGGGACAUCUGUAGAUGUUUGCCUUACUUGUGAGAAUCAGUCAGCCAUGAAUAGAGAAUCAACAAAAUGGCAGGAGGGAAGGGAUUUUUGGUGGCAGGAUAUCAUCCCAAAAUACUCAACAGUGUCUACCAUUGAGUGGGUUGAUGCAGAAGAUCCACUUUUUCUCCUGUACACUAGCGGCAGCACUGGGAAGCCAAAGGGUGUUUUGCAUACUACAGGGGGUUAUAUGAUAUACACCGCGACAACAUUCAAAUAUGCGUUUGAUUACAAGCCAACUGAUAUCUAUUGGUGUACUGCUGAUUGUGGUUGGAUUACCGGACACAGCUAUGUUACGUAUGGUCCAUUAUUGAAUGGAGCCACUGUAGUGGUUUACGAAGGGGCACCAAAUUAUCCUGAUUCUGGUCGUUGCUGGGAUAUUGUUGAUAAAUACAAAGUGACAAUAUUCUACACAGCACCAACAUUAAUCCGGUCUCUAAUGAGGGACGGUGAUGAGUUUGUUACCCGUUACUCUAGAAAAUCCUUACGAGUGCUUGGAAGUGUGGGCGAGCCAAUAAACCCUAGCGCAUGGAGGUGGUUUUACAAUGUGAUUGGAGGUGCACGAAGCCCUAUAUCUGACACAUGGUGGCAAACUGAGACAGGUGGCUUUAUGAUUACUCCUUUACCAGGUGCCUGGCCUCAGAAGCCUGGAUCUGCCACAUUUCCGUUCUUUGGGGUCCAGCCUGUCAUAGUGGAUGAGAAAGGAACUGAGAUUGAAGGUGAAUGCAGUGGAUAUCUGUGUGUGAAGAAUUCAUGGCCUGGGGCUUUUAGAACUCUUUAUGGUGACCAUGAAAGAUAUGAAACAACAUACUUUAAGCCAUUUCCAGGCUAUUAUUUCACCGGUGAUGGUUGCAGUAGAGAUAAGGAUGGUUACCAUUGGCUCACUGGGAGGGUUGAUGAUGUUAUUAAUGUCAGUGGACACCGAAUUGGCACAGCAGAAGUAGAGUCAGCUCUUGUUUCUCACCCAAAAUGUGCAGAGGCUGCUGUUGUUGGAGUGGAGCAUGAGGUCAAAGGACAAGGUCUAUAUGCAUUUGUUACUCUGGUGGAAGGGGAACCUUACAGUGAAGAACUUCGUAAGAGCCUCGUAUUAGCUGUUCGAAAUCAGAUUGGAGCCUUUGCAGCUCCUGACAAAGUACAUUGGGCCCCAGGCCUGCCGAAAACAAGAAGUGGGAAAAUCAUGAGGAGGAUUCUUAGGAAGAUUGCUUCGAGACAGUUAGAUGAGCUCGGCGACACCAGCACACUUGCAGAUCCUGGAGUCGUUGAGCAAUUAAUAGCACUAAAUGAUUGCUAGAGCUAGAGUGCGUUGCCGAUCUAAUUUAGAGAGCGAAGAGGGGGAGCGAUGGGAAUAAGCAGCCCAAUUUUUAGAGAGAGAAGAAUAAGCAUCUGAGCUUUUAGCUCUAAAGUCGCCCACAUCAACAGGGCUUAUGUAUUGAAGAAAUCCAGAUUUACACUGUUUAUGUUUGAACUAUUAUCCCCAUGUUCUUUCGUUUCUCUAUAAUGUAUCAGCUUGAAACAUUAGUUAUUAACUGAACAAAUAUAGGAUGUGAGAAAUGAGAAAAUUGUUCUAUCUGACCAACA